GCGGAAGAGGUUUCAGACGCCGCAGCGAUGCCUCGCCCACGGCGGGUCAGUCAGCUCCUGGAUCUCCGGAGGGAACUGGAGCAGAAAGAGGAAACCAUUUACUUUGGGAAACACAUGGUACAGCCUCUGCACUGCUGAGCUCCAAGAAGAGCAUACUAAAGGGCUAAGAUGAAAAAGACUUGAGAGGAAAAAGGUGGUGGUGGAGGGCAGAGAGCCAUGUUGUGGGAAAAAAGAUGCUACUGGACUUGAAUGGUUAAUAAAAUUGCACAAUGUUGGUGGCAGUGACUUCUUUCUACUCAGAUGCCUUUGGUGCUUCAUGAAGAAUAUUUCCAGAUAUCUCACAGACAUUAAGCCUUUGCCUCCCAACAUAAAAGAUAGACUGAUUAAAAUAAUGAGCAUGCAGGGACGGAUAACAGAUUCAAAUAUAAGUGAGAUUUUACAUCCUGAAGUCCAAACUCUAGACCUACGGAGCUGCGAUAUAUCAGAUGCUGCUCUUCUGCACUUGUCUAACUGUAGAAAACUGAAGAAAUUAAAUUUAAAUUCUUCAAAAGGGAACCGAGUUUCUGUAACUUCAGAAGGAAUAAAAGCUGUGGCUUCAUCUUGUUCAUACCUACAUGAAGCUUCUUUGAAAAGAUGCUGCAAUCUCACUGAUGAAGGAGUCGUUGCUCUUGCACUCAAUUGCCAGCUGCUAAAGAUCAUCGAUUUAGGUGGCUGCUUAAGUAUUACUGAUGUGUCCUUACAUGCAUUAGGAAAAAACUGCCCAUUUUUGCAGUGUGUUGACUUUUCAGCUACUCAGGUAUCUGACAGUGGUGUGAUUGCACUUGUUAGUGGACCUUGUGCCAAGAAAUUAGAGGAGAUUCAUAUGGGACAUUGUGUAAAUCUGACUGAUGGGGCUGUAGAAGCUAUCCUUACUUACUGUCCUCAGAUACGUAUAUUACUCUUCCAUGGAUGCCCCUUGAUAACAGGUUAGUGCGUUAGAUUGCUUGGGUUCAAAUCCUGGCUUCAUCUUUUACUAACUGUGUGACCUUGAGUACAUUACUUAACCCAUUUCAUUAUUCAGUUUCCUCAUCUGUAAAACAGGCAUAAUGAGAGUACCUACCUCAUAGGUACUAUGUCAUGAUUAU